GAGAUAAUUCCUCUGAGUUUUCCUAAAACCGAACGACACCAUUACUCCCUGCUUUGAAAUAAUACCCGGCCAUCAUACGCUCUAUAUCUUUCAUUGCCUGAAUAUCUUGACACCAUGGUUACUUCAAGGGUCGAUCCCGCUGAUGCGCUGCAGGUUGCUUCAAUUACCUUUGACUGGGGAGACAGCCUCGACUCAAAGGAUUGGGAUCGCCUGGCCAGCAUCGUCGCCUCGGAACUAAUUGUCGAUUAUACCGUCGUGACGGGUGAAAAGUGGGAUGCCAUGCCAGCCAAAGACUUUGUCGCCAUGGUUUCAGAUCCUGGAUUUGUUGGCGACGCUCUUGUUGACACCCAGCAUUUCAUCGGAGCUUCCAAGUAUGAAGCUCUCUCAGAUGGUCGCAUAGUCGGUACUCACCAGCUCCGAGCGGCCCACCAGCGAUACACAGGGCCCGAUAAGAAGACUGUUGAGGCGAAGGGUCACUGUCAUGCCGUAAUGCAACAUACCUAUGCGAAAGUUGAUGGGGAAUGGAAAUUGGCGGGCUUGAAGCCGACCAUGUACUGGACCGAGCACGACUUUUCUAAGAUCUUCACGGGAGGCCAGUAAAUUGAGCUAUAAGCAAGUGAUGGUUCGAAAUAUAGGGCGAGCAAGUUUCUAAUCAAAAUCGUUCAUGCCCUCGAUAUACAGGAAACCAUGUCCGUUGAUGAUCUUAUCUACUGAGAAAUGUGAAUGCAUUUUAUGAGCCAAGGCCAAAGACAAACCUGCUUCUCAUCUCUUUCAUUUCAUGCUUUAAUCAGG